AUGACCAUGCAGAGUGACAGGUCCUGCAUGACCAUCCCGAGCCAGAGUCCCCUAUAUAUGAAGGGCCUCUGCCAAAUUGAAGCCAUCCUGGCCUCAGCCAGCGGGACAAUUGCCAGCCGCAGCAAGUCGACUGUUGGUGGUGGGAUGGCAGCCAUCAGUGGGGCGACCGGUGGUGGUGGGGCGACCGGCAGUGGUGGCCGGAUGACUGGCGGCAGUGGGGUGACCGGCGGCAGCCAGACGACCAGUGGCAGGGUGACUGGCAGUGGUGGGGCGACCAGUGGCAGCCGGAUGCCUGGCGGCGGGGUGACUGGUAGUGGUGGGGCGACCGGUGGCGGCCGGUCGACUGGCAGCGGGGUGACUGGCAGUGGUGGGGCGACUGGCGGCGGCCAGACAACCGGCGGCAGGGUGACUGGUAGUGGUGGGGCGACCAGGGGCGGCCAGAUGACUGGCGGCGGGGUGACUGGCAGUGGUGGGGCGACUGGCGGCGGCCGGACGACCAAUGGCGGGGUGACUGGCAGUGGUGGGGCGACCAGAGGGCUGUUCAGGAGACCCUGCUCUACUAAUAUCUAUUUACAGUGCUGCUUUUCGGGAUACUGUACAAACUGA